AUGUUCAGACGCUCGAAAAAGGGGAAGGACGAGAAAAAGGACAAGAAGGAUAAGAAGGGAGGCUCUUCCCCCACUUCAUCUCCCUCCUCCUCGGCCAGCCCGCCAGCUUCCUCCUCCUCGGCCUCACCACACCCCACUGCCAUCGCGGCCUACACCUCCCCCACCGGGGAGGAGUUCGACGACAAGCGCGUGUCGCUCCCGCGCAGGGUCAAGCCCGGUGCCAAGACCGCGCUCCCCGACCCCUCCCCCGCCAGCCCACCCGCCGGGCGAGUGUCGACUUCGUCGGUUAACGAGGCGAUGCUGGACGACAUCCUCAAGCAGUUCGGUUCCCCCGCGCCAGCUGCUGCUGCGCCCCAGAGGGCUUCCAUCUCCUCCGCGGCUCCGCCUCAGCGACACAGUGAGGCCCAGGAGGAUGACCCCCUCGCGGCCCUCUUGGCCAUGGGCGGCGUGAAUGUCGACUUUGGCAGCCCUGCAGGAGGAAUACAGCCCCAGCGAGGCACGAUUGUGUCCGUGGGCGGCGGCUACAACGCUCCUCCGCCGGCCACGGCCCCAUCGUUCCCCCAAAUGAGCGGCUUCCCGCAGCAGCCCAUGCAAGCCACCUAUUCCGGCGAGUUGGAGCUUGAGCUGCGCCACGAGAUGAUGAACCUGAGGCGCAACCCGCGCUUCUACGCGCAGAUCCUGAUCAACGAGUUCCGCCCCUUCUAUCAGGGGACCGCCCUCCGUGUGCCGGGACAGCCCGGCAUGGCCACGCGCGAGGGAGCCGUGGCGUGCGACGACGCCAUUCGCUUCCUCUCGAGCGUGGCCCCCAUGCAGGACCCGAUCUUCCUCAACUUUGGCAUGUGCCUCGCCGCCAAGGAGGCCGUGGACGAGUGCUGCCCCACGGGAAGCUUCGAGUACCCCGACUCAGUGACGAAGAUGAUGAACUACGGGUACCUGGAGGACGAGGCCAAGGACCUGGUGGGCUACGGAGGCAAGAACGUGCGGCACAUGAUCUUGCUCGCGUUCAUCAUCUGCGACGGCGACCCCUCGCGCGAGCGCCGCCGCAUCAUCUUCGAUCCGCGCUGGCGGAUGAUGGGUGUGGGUGCGGGCGAGCACAACUCGCCGUUCAAGAUCAUGGGCGUGGUCAACUUCGCCAUCGCCUACACGCCCCUGCUCGACGGCAUGAAGAACAGCCCCAUGUUCCGCAACCUGGUCCAGGUCGAUCUCAAAGAAGACGCCAGAGAGGCUGGGCCUGUGGCGGCCCAGCCAGAGGAAGACGACUGGCGCGCUCGUCUGCGUGCUGCGGCCCUGAAGGUCUCUCAGGCCACGGGCGGCAUGAUGCUCACCGACAAGCGCGAAGAUUCCUUCAUCAAGGCCGUCGACGUCUUCAAACAGCUCAAGGCCGUCGAAGCUGACAUUGUCUGUCGGUCUUCGGCGGCCCACAACAAAAACGUGUCAGGUCCGGGUGAUGAUGAUACCCAGGCGAAGCUCAGGCAAGCGGCUCUGCUCGUGGGCAAGGCCACAGAGCACCUGGUCGUCUCCAACGCCAACGACCAGCAAUACAUUCGACCCGUUGAUAUUUUCAAGGAUCUGCAGGCUGUGAGCAACGCCCCGGUGGAGUUCGACCCGCUGCGGGCAAAGCUCUCCAAUGCCGCCCUCGGCGCUGCCCGCAGCACGGAGCAGCUGAUCGCGCACACGUCGCCCGAGACUCAGAGGGGCGGGUACCAGUAG